UUGAAUUCGCUUCGCUAUGCUCGACCCGGAAAUGGCUUCAUUCCUUUAUUCAGUCUUUCCGGAAAAGUCGAAGUAAAUGGUCCAAAUGAAACGCCUCUGUACAGCUUUUUGAAGGAAUCCUGUCCCGAAGCGCCUGAUACAAAUAUUGGCGAUCCACACGAUCUUUUCUGGACUCCCCUCGCCUCAACUGAUAUCAGAUGGAACUUUGAGAAGUUCAUCAUAGACUCUCAUGGUAAACCAAGAUAUAGAAUCGACAGAUCUGUCGGUCCAACUGAAAUCCAUGGGUUCUUGAAUGAAGUGAUACAAGCACCUGGUGACACUAAUUACCUCGACGACUUGCUCAACGAAGUUUUUGGAUCUUAGAUAAAUGAUACCGGAAAGACAAAUAACAUUUACAUAUUGAAAACUUUGAACAUCUAUACAUAUAGUAAUAAUUAUUGCACCUAUCAAAUGAUUACUUUACUAACAGAUAAUCAUUUGUCCAAAUCUCAAAAAUGAAACACUCUGGAUGACAUUUCCUGGAAUCAAAAGUGACUACUCAGUUUCGCAUUAAUUGAUGACACAAUAUUAUAGAGCUGCUCAGCUCAUGUCCGUCACAAAGUGUAUUUAUCAUACAUUUUUGACUUCCAGACUUCUCAGUCUCACUAAGAUCACCAAACAUAGACAUAGUAUACUAUUAAAGUUGACAUUUUCAACAUUUGGAUUUGAUUACAGUAUGUUUUUCUCAGUACAUCCCCACGUUUUCUUCUCCUGUGUCAGUCGUCUUUAUGAAAACUUGGCGACAAACUCUCGAAGGAGUGGGCCAAGUCUGAGGACAUGUUUUUCAGGAUAACUUUGUGCAUUCAGUUUUCCUGGUCAGACAUGUGACGCUAAAAUAGGAGAAGGAAAUAUCGGGAUUUCGGGUCAAUAUGAAAUCAGAAUUUAAACAUUUGAGUAAACCUCUACAUUCUUGUAUUAGAAUUAAAUAUGCUCGAUAGUGUAGCAAAAGAAUAAAUUCAUAUCUAAAGUCGA